ACUUAUCUGUGCGUGGUAGCAGUGGGUUAAGGGACCGCACAGACCAACCUGCUGCUGUAGAAGAAAUGAUUGAAAAGCCAGAUUAGAGCUAUUCCUUUAAAUGUAAAUCUAUCAUGUUUCAUCUGGAAUUGGUCAAAAAUAGGUAGGGUAAGGUAAGCCAUAAAAAAUUGGACUGGAGGACUAAGAUAAGGAUUUUUGUUCGUGAAUCAUUGGCUGUUAUUACCAUCACAGCCAUGUACAGUGGAAGCAAAGGCGGACCCUCCAGAACGCUGUCCACCAUGUCAUUGUCUGUGCGUCCAGUUAGAGCCCUCAAGGCUAUCUCUAGGAGCCAAAGCUUCACUGGGGUCAACACAUAUGACAAAUCCAGGCCCUUGUCGGUGUACACCACUCCUGGUCUUAGGCGAAAGCCAAGCAAAGCUAGUAGGAUGUUUACUAUGUCUUCCAACCCCCCGCCCAGAGUCCCUCAGCCGGAACGGACUGAUGAGGUCUACGAGGCGCUCAAAAAAGGCUUACAGUCAUAUCUUCAGGUUCAUCAGAUGGAUUUAGACAGCCUCAGCAGAGAGAUGAGGACAUCUAAAAGAAAUUCCCGACUGGGCUUUCUCUAUGAGCUAGACAAGCAAGUGAAAGUUACAGAGCGAUUAAUUCGGCGCUUGGAGUUUCACCUCAGUAAAGUUGAAGAGUUGUAUGAAGCUUACUGUUUGCAACGGAGACUGCGGGAUGGUGCCAAUAAAAUGGUGAAGGCAUUCUUGGCUUCACCUGGCAGUAAGGAAGCAAGGGAGAGCCUAGCAGAGGCCAAUAAGAGUUAUAGAGAGUACACAGAGAACAUGUGUGUGCUGGAGAGUGACUUAGAAAACCAUCUGGGAGAAUUUCAUAUAAAAAUGAAAGGGUUGGCUGGAUUUGCGAGACUGUGUGCUGGUGACCAAUAUGAGAUUUUUAUGCGGUAUGGUCGACAGAGGUGGAAACUACGAGGCAAAAUUGAAGUGAACUCGGGGCAGGUGUGGGACAGUGAUGAAAUGGUGUUCCAGCCACUCAUCAAUGAAUUCCUCUCUGUUAAGGUGACCGAGCUGAAGAGUUUGGCCAAUCAUGUAGUUGUAGGCAGUGUUUCCUGUGAGACCAAAGACCUCUUCGCUGCUUUACCUCAAAGUGUAGCUGUGGACAUUAACGACCUUGGGACUAUUAAAUUAAACCUAGAAGUUACGUGGAACCCAUUUGAUAAAGAUGAACAGGUGUCAUUAUCGACCAGUGUAAACAAGGCUCCAUCCGUCACAAAGAGGUUCUCCACCAUUUUCAACCAGAGCCCUCCUGAUACUCCUUCUUUACGGGAACAGGCUUUUUAUAACAUGUUGCGGCGUCAUGAAGAAAUGGAGAAUGGAAGAGCCUGGUCAAACUCCUCUGAGUCCUCUGAUGACUCAUCCAGUCCUCAACUUCCUGCUAGCAUGAAACUCUCAGUACCCCAUAAGGCACUGCAUGAAGACACUACUCUAAAAGUUACAAAAACUCCAGAGCUUCAGACAGUUAGGAGACGGAAAUCGUCACUACAGUCGAACCUGUCAUUGUGCACUGAGGACUCUGCACCUGUCACCUCCAGCUCCUCACACAACAUCAGCAUCAUCAGUGAAGACCCAGGCUCCAAGUUACCAGCAGAGGGCAGCAGGCCAGAGGAUAGCAGAGCACUGACAGUGAGUUCAAAGUCUGAUGCUGAAGGAGAUCAAGAAAAGUGCGCUCCCAUAGCUACUCCAGAUGCAUCACUGACCAACCGAAACUUCUCCAGGUCUCUCAGUCACAUCAGUGAAGGCAGCGCUGAUGGUGUGGUGCUGUUGGACAAGCCCUUCUGUGAAGUAAUUGAGGAAAUAUCUACAACAUCUGGGAUUUCUAGCACUGAAGUGGAGAUGUCUAACACUCCUUCUGAACUGCCUGAGAACAAACCAAACAAUGAAAUUACAAAUGAAACAAGUGUCACUCCAGAGUUGAGUGAAUGUUCUCUCCCUCCUGCCUCCACCACUUCAAAUGACCCAUCAGAAAUGUCCAGUGAAAGUGCCCCAGGCGGGGCAGAUGUCACCUAUCGAGCUCAUUGGGUAUCCGUGGAGGAAGACACAGCAGAGACAGUGGCUGCAGAUGUUUUGUCAAAUGAAGAAGAAGAUGAGGCUGUGGACAGUGAGCUGGCCUUGGCUUUAGGAGAGGCUCUGGGGGCUGUGGUGUCUUCCAUUGAUGACUACAGAGGGCAGUUCCCUGAGUUACAGCUGUUAGAACAAGAGCUGAAGUUACUGCAGACUACACUGGAGGGCGACAGACACAGCCGCACCCCCAGUCUGGUCAGCCUCAGUGUGGAAACUGUUUUGGGCAGCUUUGAUUUCCUGAACAUGUCUGACUGCGAGGAAGAGGAGGGGCAGAGGAAGAGUAAUAAUGAAAGGCUUUUGCAGAAGAAAGGAUGGGAUAGCCCCUCCUCUCUCUCUGCCCCGCUGACUACAGGCUGCAAGAGUCUGGACCAAUGCCUAGAGGCUCAUCUGAAGUAUUGCAGUGCACAGCUGCUGUGUCUUGGUAUAUUUGGUCCUCUGCGCUGCAGGGAGAUGUAUGCCUUAGACAGACUCCUGCGUGAAGCUCAGGUUUUCAAAAUGAUCAGACGUGUUGUCAAAAAGAAUCCAAAGUGCUUCAAACAGCCAAAUGAAGUUAUCCCUCAGCUGGGGCCUAUUCAGGGUGCAGUGUUCCUGUGGCAACAGUGUGUCCAACAGGGCUGUGUUUAUAUUGUCUGUGUGGAGGCUUUUCAGAGGACAUUGUCUGCUGUAUACUCUAGUGUCCUACCAGAGAGAAUGUCCAACAUGGCUGACACAGUGUUUCGGUCUCUGGCUGAACAGGUUCUUGAUCAGAAACUGCCUCAAAGAGACUCCAGUAAAGAUGCAGUGAUUUUGACGUUGUUUCAGUGGUGGAACUACCUGGAGGCCAGUGGUGUAACUGACAUGGAGACCUACAUUUCUGAGCUGGCUGAGGAAGUGUGGCUGGUGCAAAACUUGGCGUCUCUUGAUCAAGAUGUAAUUGUAAAAGUGCUGAGGAAUCCAGUCAAAUGCAGCCUAAAGAAACAGGGCAUUCAUGCUGUGGCCAAGCUGUUAAAAGACCCACGAGGCAGAGUAUCAGCCUCUGCCAGCUCUGUGCUCAGGGGUCUGGCCAGUCAACCCAGGCCCAGAGAACAGGCCCUGGUCAACUGUUUGGAGCUGCUAGAGGAUGAGAAUGCUGCAACAAGAAUCUGUGGAUGCAAAGCACUGGCCUGUUUAAAGGCCAAAGAAAGCAUUGAGCAGCUGGUGUAUCUUUGUCAGACGGAUAAGGAUGAUGUCAGAGAAGCUGCCAAACAAUGUUUACUUGUAUUAGGUGAAGAAGGGAAGAUGGCCAUCAGACACAUUGAGACAUCGCAGGACAGCAUACCAAGACUCUUUGCACCUGGAAGCAUGACAAGCACUGCCUUUUAAAAACAAAUUUAAAUACACAUGAACAAGGCAAUACAAAAGUAGAGCUGCUUAAAUUUAAACUAUUUGUUUCCUGGUCUGUUUUUGUUGUCAGCACUUUAGAGCCAGUGCUGUAACUACCAGUAAAUGUUUUUUGUACUUUUCUUUUAAUACUACCUAUUUAAUUAUGUAUAAUAUAUUAUUUAUCCAUUUGCACAUCUAAAACACAAGUGCCAAUUCAACACCCUUGCUACAACACUGGCCUAAUGAAUUUAAAAGACAUUAAGUGCCAAAAUGUUUAUAAAUGGUUAUAUAUAUAUAUAAAUUCAACAUUUUCACUGUGAUAAGAUGAUUUGAUUGUACAACAACUGACUGUCUGCUCCAAUGCCAGGAUUUUUGGCAGAUCUAAGCAGGGGUCUAAUAUUGGACUGUGGUGUUUUUAAUAUAAAAUGUAUUAUUUUUUAUAGUUUUGCUUAUAUUUGGAGUAAUGCUCUAAUAAAAAAUCUGUUCCUU